GUCUGAGAAAUAAACAUUUAUAAUUUAAACCUUUGCUCUUCGCUGAACAGUUCAAUCAUUUCCAGCUAAAGAUGAAGUUGUCAUUGUUAAUUUGUUUCUUUGCAUUCAGUCUCGUCUCAUGUGUUGACUACACUGAGAUCGUUGAGUUACCAUUUGGUAAGAUAAGAGGUGCUGUUGAAUAUUGGCGAGGUCGAGCUGCUUAUGAAUACAAAGGAAUACCUUUUGCAACUCCGCCAGUUGGAUCACGUCGUUACCUCAGAGCAACUGAGCCAAAACCAUGGGAAGGAAUCAAAGAUACGGUUUCCUAUGGAAAAGCCUGUCCUCAAAAAGCAUGGGCAACAAAGGAUGUAGACCAAGAUGAAGAUUGCCUUUAUAUGAAUGUUUAUGUGAACAAAGAGACAUUUGAUAAUCGUGAUAAACAACUUAGACCUGUGCUUGUAUGGAUUCAUGGUGGAGGCUUCAUGUCUGGAAGUGGCAAUGAACAUGAUGCCUAUCGAGGAAUACCAUUGGUAAUCAUUGAAGAUGUUGUUUUAGUAACAUUCAACUAUCGACUUGGAGUUUUUGGUUUCUUGAAUGCUGGUAAACUUAUUCCUGAACUUCCAACUAAUCUUGGUCUUUGGGAUCAAAAUCUAGCUUUACAAUGGGUUAACCAGAAUAUCCAUCUUUUUGGAGGUGAUCCCAAUAAAGUUACGAUCUUUGGUCAAUCAGCAGGCUCAGCGGCUGUUGCUUAUCAAAUCUUGUCUCCUCAAUCGAGAGGUUUAUUCAAAGGUGCCAUCAUGGAGUCAGGAGGAAUCAUGAGUGGCUUCGUGCCAGAAGAAAAUCGAACCAGGAUGAUUGAAGAUUUUAUCGAAUCUUUUAAUUGUACUAAUGUUGCCGAUCGAUUGAACUGUUUGAAAUCAAUUCCCUGGAAAGAUCUUGUUAAUAACACACCAAGAACCAUCUUAACCCCAACUUUUGGUGAUGAUUUCAUACCAAUGGAACCAGAAGUAGCAAUUAAAAGCCGUAAAUUCAAUGAUGUUAAUUUAUUGGCUGGUGCUGAGAGAGAUGAAGGAAAUGGUCUCGUCUGCGGCACUUACGAGUUUGCUCACCUCAAAGCUUCAACAUCAGCAUCUGGAACUUAUGCUUAUAUUCAUACUCAAGCUCCAAUGAAAGGAAUCAAUGAUAUUCCAUCUUGUGGCAGAUCAGUUGAUAAGGUUUGCCAUUGUGAUGAGAUUCCAUUCAUUUUUGGAGCCCCUCUACGUGAACCUCAAAAUUAUGAUGCAGAUGACAUCGAACUGAGCGUUCAGAUGAUGAAAAUUUGGGGUGAAUUUGCACGAUCAGGAAAACCAACUCGACAAGGUCCAAUCGAUUGGCCACUAAUUGCUGAGAAAUCAUCCAAAGUUGUAAAUCUGCUCGAAUUGAACAACAAAUUCCUUGGUAAAAUUGACACUAUAACUGGGACUAACUGUCUUGCUAACUGAAUAGAGUCGGGCAAAUGACAUGGCUGCAAUCAGAGUUUACCUUUUUAUCAGUGCUGUUAAAAUUAACUUACUCAAUAAUCACAGAUUAAAAAUAAAAUGUUCUAAAAUUUA